CCCAAUUUUUAACUGCGAUGGAAACGCGCGAUGUAUUCAAUUGACCAUACCAGUGCUUAUGUUGAUGGUUAUAUUUCUGGUGAAACUAUAUACGUGCCAAUUUAAUAGUAGCAAAAUCAAAAGUCUCACUGACUUCCUGUGUGACGAUUGGGAGAAGUUGAAUAGCAAGGAGGAAUAUGAAAUUAUGAAAAAGUAUGCCACGAACGCAAGAUUGAUUUCUUUCGCAUAUGUCUUAUAUUUGUACGUGUUCAGCAGUGCAUUCGUAUUACUUUCCCUUGUACCCAAAUUAUUGAAUAUUGUAUUACCCCUCAACAAAUCCCGACCUAUAACAAUGCCUUACGACGUCUAUUAUUUCGUGGACGAAGAGAAAUAUUAUCUCUAUAUUAUAUUUCAUAUAUUUGUGUGCUCAGUUAUAUCUCUUGCGACAGCAACCGCACAUGAUUGCAUAUUUUUUAUUUAUAUUGAGCAUGUCUGCAGCCUUUUUGCUGUGCUGGGUAAGAAAAACAAUUUUUUUUUACGUUGUUUCUCUCACGACUCAUUGAGAAAUCGAAACUGUCCCUUAAAUGUUCACAGAUUUCAUUUUGAAUCUUUAUCACGUAAGAAUCGUAACGACGCGAAUAAUCUUUCGCAUAACCGGAAAAUCGCUGUCUCCAUUCAUGUACACUGGCGAGCUUUACGUUUCGCGAAGAUUCUUGAAGACAUCUUUUGCAUUGCUUUUGCAGUACAAAUGCUGAUAGUUGUUGUAACAUUGAGCAUUUCUCUGGUACAAGUUGCAUUACAAUUCGGCGACAUUAAUGAAAUGUUUAAGUACCUAACGUAUAUCUUUGGUCAAAUAUUACACACGUUUUGCUUCAGUCUGCAAGGUCAGAGAUUGAUCAAUCACAGUAUACAAUUGCGCGACAAAAUAUACAAUUCGUCCUGGUAUAAAAUACCCGUGGAAUCACAAAAGCUGCUUCUGCACGUUAUGCGAAGGAGCAUGGAACCUUGUUUUUUGAGCGCUGGCAAGAUUUAUGUCUUCUCAUUGAAGAGCUUCACCACGGUUAUGCAGUCUUCGGUGUCGUAUUUUACCGUCCUUGCAUCCUUCUAAUAAUUAAUAGUCAAUAUAUAAUUUGGAUAGUAUCUGUGCAACCACAAUUAUGUUAUAGUAGAGACUGUGCAGUAGAAAUAAUAUUUAAAUUAUAUUUAUUAAUUCGUACCAAUUAAGUAUACUGUUAAAAUAUCUUUGUUUAAUGUGUUGUUAAUCUCGUUUUUCUAUGGAAGUUACAAAUUAUAAGAAGAAAUAAGC